AAUUCGAACUUCUAUGUUAGUCGUAUUCUUUGACACAUGUAAUUAUCAAAUUACAUAACCCCUCUGUGGCGCUGUCAGUCCCUUAUUUACUCUUUAAAGAAUACUGAACAACUGCAUAAAAAUGUUUGGACUCUAUAGUACUUUACCGUCGAGAUACGACGAUGGUGAUCUUCAGCUUCAGAAACCUACUUUAUUAAAAGGUCCAAAUUAUUAUGAUAGUCCUGAAGGAACCGACCCCAUUGGCAAACUUUGGGGAGUUAAUAAAUAUGCAGUAGUAACAGGAAUUGCUACUACCAGCUACGAUUGCUUGGCUAUUUCUCAUGCUCAGAACAUUCGUGAAGUUGCUAAUGUUGCUGGAUUUUGGUUUGCUCCACUAAUAGGAUGUGCAACAGCAUUUGCUUCUGUUACGUACAUGGCAACUGAUAUUCGGAAAAAAGAUGAUAAAAUUAAUUACGUCCUUGGAGCAUUGGCAUGUGGACCUAUUUUACAUGCGUGGAGGAAAAAUUUCGAAUUUACGUGCUGGGCCACAGCAAUUCUUAUGAUUAGUGCAUGGUUAAAGAAAGAUAGUAUUCAAAAUGAUUGGCAGUUCGUCGGAAAACUGGACAAAAAGUAUGGAAAUUAUUUUGAUACAUAUGAUACAACAAUUAUCACUGAAGAAUGGCCAAAACGACCAUAUUAAGUUGAAAGAAUAAAUUUAAAUACAAUAUUCGGAGUUGAACUCGGUAAUGUAAAGGUAUACAAUAGUAGUUUACCUAAACUGAUAAUUUCUUCUUGACAUUAUAUUUCCUUUAUUGAAUUACUAAAACAAUGACUGGAAAUACUAGGGUCGAAAUACA